CUGGAAGUUGGCGGCGCGAUGGGGAACGAGCGCUGGAAAACCAUGGGAGGAGCAUCGCAACUUGAGGACGGGCAGCAGGAGAAAUCGCAGAGGAUGAGCUGUGGGUACAUCCUGUGCACUGUCCUGCUCUCGGUGGCUGUCGUCCUGGCAGUGACGGUCACGGGGGCCAUCCUCUUCAUGAACCACUACCACACGCCCGGCACCGAGUCGCCCCCCGUCAUCAGCACCAACCCCGAGGAAGCCAACGCGCUGGUCACCAUCGAGAAAGCUGACAGCUCCCGCAUCAACAUCUUCAUAGACCCCAACUGCCCUGACGCGACGGGCACCUUCGGGCGCCUGGAGGGGCUGCAGACCUCCCUGCUGCAUGCCAUCACUGACCACGACGCCGAGGCCAAGGCCACCAAGAGCCAGCAGAAGGCCCUGCUGGUCACGGUGACAGAUGAGGUGGCCAAGCUGCUGACGCACGCCGUGCAGCUGCGAGCCGACUGCGAUAGCCUCAAGAAGGGACACAGCGCCAUGGGGCAGGAGCUCAGCGCCCUGCAGGGCGAGCAGGGCAGGCUCAUCCAGCUGCUCUCGGAGAGCCAGACCAACAUGGCUCGGCUGGUGAGCUCCGUCAGCGACGUCCUGGACACGCUGCAGAAGGAGCGUGGGGGCGCCCGGCCCCGGCUCAAGGCCGACCUGCAGCGAGCACCAGCCAGGGGAGCACGGCCCCGGGGCUGCUCCAACGGCUCCCGGCCCCGAGACUGCUUUGACAUCUAUGUGAGCGGACAGCAAGAGGAUGGGAUUUACUCCAUCUUCCCCACGCACUACCCCUCCGGCUUCCAGGUCUACUGCGACAUGACGACUGAUGGGGGCGGCUGGACGGUGUUUCAGCGGCGGGAGGAUGGUUCCGUGAACUUUUUCCGUGGCUGGGAAGCCUACCGGGAUGGCUUCGGGAAGCUGACAGGAGAGCACUGGUUAGGGCUGAAGAGGAUCCACAUGCUGACGGUGCAGGGCAGCUACGAGCUCCGCAUCGACCUGGAGGACUUUGACAACGGCACUGCCUUCGCUCACUAUGGCAGCUUCGGGGUGGGGCUCUUCUCUGUUGACCCCGAGGAGGAUGGGUACCCCGUCUCCAUCGCUGACUACUCGGGGACGGCAGGAGACUCCUUCCUGAAGCACAAUGGGAUGAAGUUCACCACCAAGGACCUGGACAACGACCACUCAGAGAACAACUGUGCAGCUUUCUACCAUGGCGCCUGGUGGUAUCGCAACUGCCACACCUCCAACCUCAACGGGCAGUACCUCAAGGGCCACCACAGCUCCUACGCCGACGGCAUCGAGUGGUCCUCCUGGACCGGCUGGCAGUACUCCCUCAAGUUCACCGAGAUGAAGAUUCGGCCUGUCCAGGAGGAGAAUUAGCUGGAUAGGAUGAGCCCCCCGCCCCGUGCCCAGGCCCCUGCCCUUCCCCAUUGCCCCACAGCCCCGUCCAUCCCAGUUGCCAUCCUCCCCAAGGUCUGGCCCAUCUUCAAGGGGUCCCGGGGGAGCACCUGCCCCUGGGGAGGGCAGCUUUUGCUCCCGGGUGCCUGUGGACAUCCCUGGACCUUUGCUCCCUGCUUCCAUGGCCCCCCUGCAGCUGAAACGGGUCUCCUGGCCAGAGCGUGACCCAAGGCUGGUGCUUAUGGCUGCAGCAGAACGACAGCAGGAGGCGGGGGUUUGGGGAGCAGUGCUAGUGGUGUCUGGCAGGGGGGGGAAGGGGCUCCCUGGAGGGAAGGAGGAAGGGAAGCAACAGCCCAGGCAGGGUGGGUGCUUCUGUUCAUCUCCAGUUUUGGCACAGACACACGGCAGUAGCCUGGCCGAGCUGGUGAAGGGCCGGGGGACACUCACCAUGGGGAGCCCCGAGCCCUGCAGAGCCCCCAGGACUGGGAUGAGGCUGCUGCUCUGCAGUUCUGGCUCACCCCAUGGUGCUACUGGGGACAGGGAGGGCUCAGCUGGGUUGCAGUCUGUGCACCUGACCAUGCCAGUGACUCCUUCGCUGGCCUGCAGAACGCUCACGUCUCCCCCUGCAAGAGCAAUGCAGCUGGAAAGGGACAACCACAAACUCCUUUGUCCCCCUUGUCCCUGUUCUGGCUGCUGGAGCCUCCCAGCGGGUCGGGACACCCCAAAGCAAGCUGGCACCGUGCUGCAAAGACACACACCCAGAACGGAGCACAGCACGGAGUUGUUUUGGUGGUGCUGGGGAAACAGGGAGCACAGCGAGGAGGAGGAGGUGAGGAAGGCUCUCUUCCUGGCAUGGCUCUGCUGGCUUUCACAGCUCCUCCCUCCCAACCAGACCCGCUCAGACUUAAGUCGGACUUUUGCUAUCCAAAAAACUGUGACCUUUCCCAAAACCCUUGACUUUGGACAGCAUGCCCAUGUGCCCCUGCGCAAGCCCCCUCCACUCACUCCUGGCCUGGGGACUCACACUCUUUUUCACUGAGGAUGAGCCACACUCUGGCUCGGCACCUGCAGAUAAUCAAAGCCUUUCAUUUCUUCAAAUCCUGUUAAGGUUUUUCAAAAAGAAGCCCCGAGUGGAGCUUAGCAUCUGCAGGGCCGUGAUAACUGGGCUGCAGGUGAUGCCUCAUGCCGGCUGACAUGAGGAGCUGCCACGGGGUGUGGGGCUGACUUCUCCCUCUGGCUCGCUGGAAGGACUCAAAUAGGGGAUUUUGUAAAAAAAAAAAAAAAAAACAAACAAAAAAACCAAAAAACCCAAGCCUGAGCAGGCUGUGUAGGAACAGGGAGGGGAGGGGACAGCUGGGAUCCCACCACCCUUUACACGAUUUUCUGCCUGUGCUACAGCAGCAAUGGGGAGCAGAGCCCCUGCACCGUGCUCUGCCCCUAAGAAAUACCGUCGGAUGGACAGACUGCCCGAGGAAGGGAGGAAAGCUCUUGCCGUCCCUAUUUCCACAGGGGCUUAAUGCACAGGGAGAUCAAAGGCUCAUCUUCCCGACUGUGGCAGAUUUGUACUUCCCUGCGUGCUUCUCCUUCUUUUAAGCCUUCCCUGCCUUGGACCCUGCGCUGGAUGAGCCCUUUCGCCUGCUGGGCAAGUCCCUGUCUGUCUGUCCUGCCAGGGAAGCAGGAACAAACAAUGCAUUGCAUCGCAGCUUUCCCCUCUGCCAGAGACGUUCCUCAGAGGCUUCGGGUGAGGACAAACUCCAAGUGCAGGCACCGGCUCUACCUGCUCCAUCCCUGCCCAGAGCAGCCAGCCAGGCUGGGUUUCUUGAGCAAUGGGAUUUAGGGGAGCUCAGUGGUGGCGUUUCCCAGCCAGCACAAGAGCAGGAGCCCCUGGCAGCUCCUGAGGGGCUUCCUGCGCCCCACCAGACUCCUCUGGAAAGGGUCCCACACAGGUGGGGAGCACAAUGCCCAUCUUUACUUUUCGUUCAUUUAUUUCAGUAGAUUAGCUGUAACUGGGUUUUCUAGCACUCACUUUCAGGACAAGGCGGCACAUGGAGCCACAUGCCCUGGGUGGGAAAGCUCGUCCCCUCCCUGGACCCUUCUACUGGUGUUCUUCCGUGCCAGGGAGGGGAUAUCGUACGUGCAGGCUGUUGGUAGCACACCCUUGUGUAACUGCCUGUGUCGCCCAGGACUCCCUAAUGACUUUGUUUUGAAUUGCACGAGAGGUAUUUAAUCCAUGCCAAGAUGCAGGAUUUCCCAGGAUUAUUCCCAAGAGCGCACACGUUGUUCCGCAUCCCUGGAUUAGGCUAAACCCAUCUGCGGUGACACCUCCCUGGAGAGGGGUGGGCAGGGGCAUCCGGUGGGUCUGGGACCUGGCCACGUACCUUCCUGGCGAAGCCCUGGGCCAGGUCGUGCUGUGUAGCAGUGCCGUGAAGUCUAGGUCAUGUGUGAGUGGUGUCCGACGCUGUACAUGUGGAUUUCUAAACUCCUUAAUAAAAGGAACUCA